AUGUCACGCUCCACGGUGCCCAGCAAGCGCUCCGCCGAUGCUCAAGAGGCAGCAUGGAUCGCAGAUGAAGACCGCUUCGUGUUACAACAGGCAAAGAAGAAAGCCGCGAUUCGGGUAAAAGGUGGAAGAGCGCAGCCGAUAGACCAGCUCGCCGUGACUUUGGCGGUCAUCGAUCCCGAUCGCAAUCCACUAGACGGUGAGGUGGACGAAGCAGAUUUGGACCUGGUGGACCCAGAGAGCGUGUUUGAAGGCUUAGACGAUGCGCAAUUGUCGGAACUGGAAAAAGGCAUUGACACGUAUGUGACACUGGAAUCGAGCAGGAGCAAUCUGGACUACUGGAAUAUGAUGAAGACGAUAUGCAAAGACCGUCGAAAAGCCGAAUUGCAGCCAUCUGCCAGGGGUGUUGGCUCGGUCGCGCAAGAUCUGGACAAACUCCUUGGACCCAAGAACCUGGGAGAGCUCGAGAAGCUCGAGAAGCAAAUCCGGACGAAGCUAUCUUCAAACGAGCCAAUCGAUUCCGACUACUGGGAACAUUUGCUCAAGAGUUUGCUCACCUAUAAGGCGAGGGCGAAGCUAAGGAAAGUCUCGCAGUCGAUUCUAGAGAGCCGGAUUGGUGGUUUGCGCAAACAGCAAGCGGUUGAAGCGGCUGCGCUCAAAUCGCGUUUGGAAGCUCGCCUUCGGUCGUCUUCCAAUGGUCCGGGUCAGCAAAGUCGAGAUGUAGGUGAAGCCAAUGCCACUGAUAUCGAUCGACAUGGACUAGACCCAGAGCCACUUCUGCGUUUGCGCCCAGAAGACAAAUCGCUCGAAUCGAUGUCUGAGAAGGAGUUUGCGCAGCGGAUAUCAGACGAUCGCCGCAAGGUUCUGAAGAUGGGCUAUGUGCCAGGUCGCAAACGUACUGGAGAGUUUCCCGGAUCGACAAGCCUGGAGCCAGCUACCAAGCGUCUGCGAGGCGACAAUGGCACCAGCAGCUCGUCUAAAGAUACCGCUUUUGAUCGAGAAGUAGCUCGCGGACUCGGUGAGAAUGAGGAGUUGUUCACCCAGGAAGAAGAAGUCGUUACCAAGAACAGACAUCUAUGGGCCGAGCAGCAUCGGCCGCGGAAGCCAAAAUACUUCAAUCGAGUCCAGCUUGGCUACGAGUGGAAUAAGUACAACCAGACUCACUACGAUCACGAUAAUCCCCCGCCAAAGGUUGUGCAAGGAUACAAAUUCAACAUAUUCUAUCCUGAACUGGUAGAGAAAACCAAAGCUCCGACUUAUCGCAUAGAGCGCGAGAAUGGCCGAAGACGUGGUGAGACGUUCGCACCGGCAGGAGAAGACGACACGUGCCUGAUUCGCUUCGUGGCGGGUGCACCAUACGAAGACAUUGCUUUUCGCAUAGUCGAUAAGGAGUGGGACUACAGCGCGAAGCGAGAGCGUGGCUUCAAAAGCAGCUUUGACAAGGGUAUUCUUCAACUCCACUUCCAGUUCAAGAAGAUAUUCUACAGAAAGUAG